UGGGCCUCCACGAGUCGGGCCCCGUGCGGUGCAAACGAGUCGAGCUUCCUGCUGCACCACACCAGUUUGGCCCAUGUGCACCUGCCUCUGUCUACGCUUGCAUCCCCAUCCUCCCUGACGGGACGGCGAGCAUCGGCGGCGGCCGGCGGAGGCGCUGUUUUCAUCCCGCGGGUGGGUUUUUUCUUUUUCUUUUCGCGCAUGGCGAGAGCCUUGGCCGCCGUUUGGCCGCUCGUGAAGGGAUGCAUCACUGGCGGCGUGCUCGGCAUCACCGUCGCCGACUGGUGCGCCUCCGUCGUCACCAUGGACGGCGCCUCCAUGCACCCCACCUUCGACCCGCAGCAGGCCGAGCGCGCUCUGGUGGAGAAGCGCUGCCUCUACCGCUACGACUUCUCCCGCGGCGACGUCGUCGUGAUCAGGUCGCCGAGGGACCAUCGUCAACUGAUUGUGAAGAGGCUGAUUGCGCUGCCUGGGGAUUGGAUCCAGAUCCCGGAGAUGCAGGAGAUCCGGCAGAUCCCGCAGGGCCACUGCUGGAUUGAAGGGGACAAUGCCGCCCUUAGCCUUGACUCGAGAUCUUAUGGCCCUGUUCCUAUGGGUCUGUUGCAGGGCAGGGUCACACACAUAAUCUGGCCACCCCAAAGAAUCGGCCGAGUUGACAGAAAAAUGCCUGAAGGAAGGAUUAUGCCACUUUGACCUUUUGUUAGGUUGGUUAUCCUUCAUUCCUUUUCCAUUGUAGGGUUAGGAUAGCAUUAUGGAAUAUGGACUGGCUGAAGCCUCAAGAUGGACUCCACUGUACGUGGGAGGGCAGUGAAACUAACGGAUAUGAUGCUGAUGAUGAUUUUAUAUCUGUUUGACAAUCAAUCUCCCUGUCAGAACCAACUGUAGGAUUGUUGGAGAAAAGAACCAAUUAUAGGAAAUGUCUGGUGAGAACCUUUGCUGCUUGCAGUUUUUGGAAUCCUUAUGUUGUCAUUGAAAUGUAGUAUGAUGCAGCACUGAAUUUUUCCAUUCCAUCAAGAGAAGUAUUCCUUGUCCUCUCUACAAAUGCUGUGGUUUUAUGAACUCACCUGUGUGCAGAAAAAGGUAACAUGAACAUUUCGAAAACGACAUUUUGCUGGUUUGAGCUUAAUUAGUUCCGUAACAGCUGAGAGAGAUGGGCAGAAUAUGAUGCUCAUAAAUGUUGGUAAAUGUUAAUCUGACCAAUGGAAAUGGUUGGUGCCUGAGUCGUUGUAAUGAGAUUAGCCAAUAUUCUUCAUGAAUUCAUACAUAUUUCUGGUUUGGUCU